UGGCAGAGCUGCAGGAGAGGAGACGUCUCUCUGUUUCUCUCUGAAGACUAAUUCAACUGAAGACAAACACUGGUUGUAGAGAUGUCUGCUGCCAGCUGUCUGCUGACUGAAGAUCAGUUCCUGUGCUCCAUCUGUCUGGAUGUCUACACUGAUCCUGUCACCUUACCAUGUGGACACAACUUCUGUAAAAACUGCAUCACUGAAUACUGGGAUAGUAAUGUCUCCUGUCAGUGUCCCAACUGUAAGAAGGUCUUCAACACAAGAUCAGAACUACAUGUUAAUAUUUUCAUCAAGGAGAUGUCUGCUCAGUUCAGACAGUCAGCUCAGCAGAAAUCCAGCAGCAGCAGCUCAGAGAGACGAGUUUCCAAACCAGGAGAAGUUCCCUGUGACGUCUGCACUGGAACCAAAGUGAAGGCCCUGAAGUCCUGCCUGGUGUGUCUGGCUUCUUACUGUGAGACUCACCUGGAGCCUCAUCAAACUUUGCCACGCCUGCAAAGACAUCAGCUGAUGGACCCUGUGGAGAACCUGGAAGACAGGAUGUGUGAGAAGCACGACAAACUGCUGGAGCUGUUCUGUAAGAACGACCAGAGGUGUGUCUGCGUGCUGUGCUCAGUUACAGACCACAAGACUCAUGAUGUUGUUCCUGUGAAAGAAGAAUAUGAAGGAAAGAAGGCCGAGCUGGGGAAGACAGAGGCUGAAAUUCAGCAGAUGAUCCAGAAGAGACGAGUGAAGAUUGAAGAGCUCAAACACUCAGUGGAGCUCAGUGAUGAGAACGCAGACAGAGAGAUAGCAGAAGGUGUUGGAGUCUUCAGUGCUCUGAAAGAAUCUGUAGAGAGACGCCAGGCUGAGCUCAUCAACAGCAUCAAAGAGAAGCAGAGAGAGACGGAGAAACAGGCUGAAGGCUUCAUCAGAGAGCUGGAACAGGAAAUCUCUGAGCUGGAGAAGAGACGUGCUGAGGUGGAGCAGCUCUCACGCUGUGAAGACCACCUCCAACUCCUCCAGAACUUCACAUCUCUGAACGCUGCUCCACCCACCAAGGACUGGACUGAAGUCAGAGUCCAUCCACCUUCAUAUGAGGGGACUGUGGUGAGAGCUGUGAAGCAGCUGGAGGAGACCAUCAGUGAACAGAGGAAGAAGCUGAUCUGUGAGGUGGAGCUGAAGAGAGUCCAGCAGUAUGAGGUGGAUGUGACACUAGAUCCUGAUACAGCACAUCCCUGGCUGAUCCUGUCUGAUGAUGGGAAACAAGUUUAUGAUAGUGAUGUAAGAAAGGAUGUCCCAGAUAAUCCAGAGAGAUUUGAUCUGUGUCCAAAUGUCUUAUCAAAGCAGAGUUUCUCUUCAGGCAGAUUUUACUACGAGGUUCAGGUUAAAGAGAAGACUGACUGGACCCUGGGAGUGGCCAGAGAGUCGAUCAACAGGAAGGGGGUUUUCACACUGACUCCUCAGAACGGUUACUGGACGAUAAUUUUGAGGAAUGAAAAUGAGCACAAGGCUUGUGCUGGUCCAUCAGUCCGUCUCUCUCUUCAAUCUGGUCCUGAGAGGGUGGGGGUGUUUGUGGAUUAUGAAGAGGGUCUGGUCUCCUUUUAUGACACUGAUGCUGCAGCUCUGAUCUACUCCUUUACUGGCUGCUCCUUCACUAAGAAAAUCUACCCGUACUUUAGUCCUUGUUUAAAUGAGUGUGGGAAAAACUCUGCUCCACUUAUCAUUUCUCCUGUCAGACACACUGAAUAGAAAGAUCCUUGUAUUUCUACACAAAGAGGUAGUAUCACUACUCAUUAUGUCAAAAUGUACAUUUUAACCAACACGGCAUCCUUCCAAGACUCCUGUGGCCACUGCUGGUGUAUUUUCCCUUUACCACAGUUGUAGCUUUGGAAAGGAAAAUUAACAACUUCCUCAGGAUGUGGCUCUCUGUCCCCCCAAAUUUUGGCUCUAUCGGACUCUACAGCUCCGGGAGUAAGCUACAGCUGCCAAUCACAUCAGUCGUGGAGGAGUUUAAGACAGCCAAAGUCCGGUUAGCCGUGAUUUUGCGAGACAGCGACGACCAGGCUGUGCGGCAGGCUAACAUCACGGUCAAGUCAGGACGGAAGUGAAAGGCCAACGGAGCUCUGAGGGAAGCAGAGGAGCUCCUACAACAUGCAGACAUCGUGGGAAUGGUGACCCAGGGGAGGCUGGGCCUGGGAGUCAUUACCCCAGCAAGCUGGAAGGAGGCAAAGGCAGAGGACCUGAGAGGGAUGGUGCAGAAGGAGAUGCGGGCCAACAAGCCAGGGCAGUAGCCAUGAAAGAGCAGGGCAGCUGGACCUGGUGGGACAGUGGCCGGGGAAGAUCCCUCAGUUGGAAGGACAUCUGGAAUAAGGAGGGUCACCGGAUAAAUUUCCUCCUAAGCUCCGUCUACAAUGUACUCCCAACACCAACAAACCUCCA